AUGGCUUCUCUCCUCCGGCUAGGCCAACUCCUCAAAGGAAGAGCAAGCACCAAUCUGAGCGAUCAAACCGUCGUGAUCAAAAGUGUCCGUCAUUUCCGGCUUGAUAACGAGCGCGAUAUUCUCAAACGCUUCCAAUUCCGGACACCUUCUCUCCGUCCACUACUCGACAAGAUAGAAGAUCCGUCUGACCCGCCUGCACUUGUGCUAAAGCACCUCGACGAUGAUCUCCUGAAUGCUUCGGCGGCCCAACGGCUUACUCGACUCGAGAUCAAGCAUGUCGCAAAAUGCGUCCAAGAAGCUCUAAAGGUUUUCCAUGAGGAUGGUUAUGUACAUACAGAUAUUAAACCCGAUAACGUCCUGGUAAACUACGGACAAGGGGACAUUCGUUUUGCUGACGUUGAAUUGGCCGACUGCGGAAGUACAGUGCAUGUCGAUUCUGUCUUCGCAAAAGACCGUGAUAUCAUCGGGGCUCCUAUAUGGCGGAGCCCUGAAGCGCAGCUCCAGACAGGAUGGGGGACUCCUACAGACAUUUGGUCAUUCGGUACGAUGAUCUCCGUCCAUGUGCAGCUUAUAACCUUGAUUUGGGGCGAAAACUGGUUCAUCUUUAAGCCGGACGUUCCGGCCGACCAUGAAGAAUACGAGUUGAAGAUUCUUAUGAAGCAACAUCAGUUUUUUGGACCAUUUCCUCUGUCGUACCAAGAGAUCGCAGACGAUGAGACGUUGGCGAUUCUAACCUACAUCAUGCAUGGCGUACCACCAGCGGAGAUGAAGCCUUUCGGGCGCAUUGCUGAGCGAGAGAUUUAA